AUGGAUCAGGCCAAUGCUUCGAGUUCAACUAGGGAAAAGUCCGACCAAAUUGCAGACUCUUCCUUGAAGACAUAUUCGUGCACCUUCUGCAAGAAGGGCUUCUCGAACGCACAAGCUCUCGGAGGCCACAUGAAUAUUCACAGGAAAGAUCGAGCCAAACUUAUCAUGCAAUCUCUGGACGAUAAGUCACACGAAGUUGUUCUGGACCUGAAGGACGUCCCUGACGAUGAUCAUCAUCAGCAUGCAGAACCUGGUCCUGAUGAUGAUCAGGAACAUCCGACAGAUCAGGAGUCGCGGCUUUUAACUGCAUCUUUGUCAUCGAUAACUGGGGAUCACGAAAAAGUCAGGAAGUCACAUCACAAAAUGAUGCUCAAGGAGAAGAAAAUUGAUCAGGUGAUUCAUGGGAGGCAGCGUUCGUUCCCUUCGGAGUUGGAUCUUGAGCUACGGUUGGGCCACGAACCACAGCCGGGAUCAACGGUGCGUGAUGACGGAAAAAUCUCUUGAUAUUUAUACUUUUAGGGUUAAUUAUAUAUGCAGAGUGUCAUAAUUAGGUUAAGUAUAGAUGUACAAUUAGAUAUAUGUCAAUCAAAUUAAGACUUGGGUUACUCA